GUGCUGUUUCGCAGCAGCUGACAGCCACCGAGAGGAAGGGAGGGGAGCUGGGCUGGACCGGCCCGGGUCAGUGACAUGAGGCGGCCCCGCCGGCCGGAGGAAAAAGGGGACGGUGGGCUUUAGCUCGGGUCGGUGCAUCUCUGUCGCGCCGCCAUGUUCCGCCGCUCCAGGUUCAACGUGAAACCCAACGUGAGACCGAGCGCGGCGGGCAGAGGGAACAGUGGCAGCGGGAACAGCUCAGAGGCUCCGGCAGCGGCCCCGGAGGCUCAGCAUGCCCCGGAAACCACCGCUAGCUCCGCUGACGCGAGCUCCGAUUCCCAGCCAGGGCCUGUCGGAGACCCUCAGCAAGGCUGUAGUGGCGGCGGCAGCAGCAGCAGAGAUGAAAAGACCGGCAAUUCAAGUGGUGAUGGAAAUAGUAUUAAAUGCACAGACUCCCCUUUUCAGAGACGAAAACGAAUAUCCACAAUACCCAAUCUUGCUAAGCCAAGAGUUUCAUCCACUUCUGCAUGUUGUGCUGUCAGUUCAGUGUCAAAAUAUUCUCAAAAGUGGGUACCUCGCUCUCCUCCUGGUAACUCUGUCCUUCAAAAGGAAUCACCUUCAUGUGAGAAGACUAAUAUAGAAAAAUCUCCCAUAUUGCCUGAGAAGAAAACACCUCUUCCCCAAGUACCACAAUUUUCUCCAUUUAAAAAAUCUGGUAAUAAGGAGACCAAUCUGGCUGUAACAGCUCAUAAAAGUGAUGAAGCCCAGCAGAACAACAUAUCCUCACCACUUAAAGAGAGACCCACACAGGAAAGUUUGAUGCAGGAGGAGAUACAGCAGGCCAAACCUGCGGCAGCAAAAGAAAAAAAGAUAUGCUCUGAUCAUGAAAAAAUAAUCAAAGCUAAGAAGCUGAGGCAGCUGCUCAAGGAAGAAUUGAAGAAAGAAAAGCAACAACGGAAAUCUAAGUAUCCGAUAAUUGAAAAACAUUUGCCAGAAGACCGUUCAAAAAUGAUUAUGAGAGAUUUCAUAUAUUAUCUGCCAGAAAACAAUCCCAUGAAGUCUUCUUUGGUGGAAGAAAAGAAAUUAGAAAGGACUGCAGCCCAAACAAAAGAACCUGAAGAUAAAAUUGUUGCUGAUCAUGAAGAUGAAAAUGAGGAAGUCGAGGAAGAAGAGGGAGAAGAGGAUGAUGGCCCCCUCCUAGUUCCUCGAGUAAAAGUAGCAGAAGAUGGCUCGAUUAUUCUAGAUGAAGAGAGUUUGACUAUAGAAGUUUUAAGGACGAAGGGGCAAUGUGUGGUGGAAGAAAAUGACCCCAUCUUUGAGCGUGGUUCUACAACAACCUACUCAAGUUUUAGAAAAAACUAUUAUACGAAGCCAUGGUCUGAAAAGGAAACAGAGAUGUUCUUCUUAGCCAUAAGCAUGGUUGGAACUGACUUUUCAAUGAUUAGUCAGCUUUUUCCUCACAGAGCAAGAACGGAAAUAAAGAAUAAAUUUAAGCGGGAAGAAAAGGCCAAUGGAUGGAGAAUAGAUAAAGCAUUCAAAGAAAAAAGGCCAUUCGAUUUUGAUUUAUUUGCGAAACUCCUCGAGAAAGUCCUGGAAAAUGAAAGGAGAAAGGCAAAUGAUGGAAAAUGUCAGCUGCAAAAAGAAAAAACAGUCAGUGAAAGAAAACUGCCCAAGUCUCAGAAAAAGCGAAAAGCCAAAGUUAUUAAUGGACAACCCAGCCUCGGACAGGAUGAUCAGAAUGCCAAUAUUUCUGAUGCAGAAAUGGAGGUAGACUGUGGGACUGCAGAAAAGGAGAAUGAAGAGUCUUUUAGCAUCCUGGAACAGACUGAAGGGCAGACAGUAAAUGAAUCUGUGAUGAAAAAGAAAAGAAAAAAGAAAAAAAAGGAUUCUGAACAGGAAGCUGAGAACCUUUCUGAAGGAAAAACUAUUCCUUCAGAAUCAGUGGAGGGAGAAAGACUGAGGAAGGAAAGAGAAAGUGUAUCAUCUAGCACAAAGAACCACUGUAUUGAUGAGACUGGUGGUGAACUAGAGGUUUCUGAUGGGCAGACACUUGAAGAUACUCAUUUCUCAGCUGAAGACAAUCCACAGUGCAGCAAACAGCUAAAUGAAGAGACAGGAGGAGAAGAUAGUCUGAUUUCAUCCAGUAUUCAAGAUGGCACAUUUGUUGAAGAUAAGUCUGAGCUACAAGUUUUACAAGCUAAUUCUAAGGACCUUGUUGAGCAGUUUUCAAAGUCUUCGAUUUCUUCAAGUGCAAAUGAAGAAGAAUUUGAAGAAACCCAUGCAGAAAUGAAUGAAUUAGCUGAAUUAGAUAAACUGGAUAAAAGGACCUUUGUGCUAUCAAGUAGCAAUGAAAAAACUGAAAUAACAGAAACUGAUAAAACAGCUACUGAAAAGGUUCCCAUCAAACAGCAACUGCAAGGAUUUGAACCAAACUUAUCAAGAACUUCAGAAAAGAAUGAACUUCCAGUUGCUAAUACAUUAGAGAGCCAGCCCUCUUCUUCAAAACCUGUGGGUGGUAUAGGAAAGACUAUUAUGGAAGAUAAGGCAGCUAAAAUAAUUGGAUCUAUCACAGAUGAAUUUACAGAAAGAUCAAAUAGUGAUAUGGGCAGGGAGUCACAAGGUGCUCAGAAAGCUCCUGAAGAAAAGGGAGAAACAAGAGGCCGCCGGCAGAGACCUAAACCUAAUAUUAUAAAAGCAUCUUGCAGAAAAGAAGCUCCUCUCCAAGGGAAAUUAGAGCACAGAGUGCUUUGUCCAGAGCCUAACGGAUCAGUGAGAAAGAACAAUGAUCAGGAUGAUUCAAUUGAUGCCAUCCCAGGGGAGACUACAGAAAAGAACUACCAAGUUUUGGAUGCUGAAUCUCUGACUUGUGAAAAAUCUGCUUUACAAGAAAAUGGCAAACAGACCAUCCUGAGACCUGCUCUGCUAGCAAGAGGGAGAAUGAAGAAACCAAGACCAAAUUUAGGAACUGUUGCUAAAAGGCAAGCAGAAACACCAAGGAUCUCAGAAGCAGCAGAAGAAAAAACAACAGAAGCAACUGUGGAAACCAAGAAGACUCUAACACAAUAUGGGUGCAGCGGGAGUGACCUCCUCACUAAACAAGCCAGUGAGGCAACCAAUAAUGAAGCUGGUGCACCUGACUCAGAGGAAUUAGAAAACAAAGCUGUUGCUACUCCUGAUAAAAUGGGUUUAAUACACUCAAUCCAGCCUUCUGUAAAGAAGCCAUCAUGUGCAAAAUUUGAGCUAAAAGAGACAUCUCAGUUGAGUGGUAGUGUGGAAGAUGUGUUGGAGCUUGUUAGUGGAGAUUCCAGUCUUCAGGAAAUACAAAAGGAAACAGCUGCUGAAAUACAACAUUGUUUGGAGAAUUUCACUCAGACACUAAAGAAGAAUUUAGGAGAGGCAGCUGAAAGAAAGGAACCUUUAGGACCAGAAAAAGAGAUGCUUGAGGACAACCACUUGACUCAAAGUGCAGAAAAGAAAACAAUACAUCUCAGCAGUGAAUGUGGCAAGCUGUCUGACCUAGAUGAAGGAGCAACAUGUGGAAUCCUGCCAUCCUUAUGUUUGUCAGAGGGACAUACAACAGAUGCUCAAGAGGCAGUUGCAAUGCAGACAACACUUCCCCCUCCUCCAAACUCUUCAGUUGUAGACAGUGGUGACCCCAGUGAGGUUUCAGUGUGCAGAGAUAGCCAGGAAAACUCUUCAGUUGGCAGACAGAGCUCAAAAGAAGGCAAGCAAAGUGCUAUCCAACCAAUGCCACUUCUCAGAGGCAGACUCCAGAGACCUAAGCCCAAUAUAGGAAGAGCAGUGGGACGGAAAGAGAUACAAUCUGCAGAGAAGAAUGUAGCAACAGCAAUGAUCACAGGAACUGAGAAGCCAAGAGUACAAAAAUCUGAACCUACCAGAACUUCUUCAAUAGCAUUAAUGCUUGACAAUAAAAUCUUACCCGCUGAAGCCUCAGAGGAUAGCCUGUUGGACUGUGAGAAAAUGGCUCAGGAAGAUUUUCAAGUACCCAGUACCUCUCAGAAGAUCUCAGAUUGUUGUGCCAUGGAAAAAACCCUUCCCCAGGAGGACAAACCAUGUACUAUCAAGCCCGCUCAGUUAAUGAGGGGGCGGUUCCAGAGACCCAGACCCAAUUUGGGGAAGUUGAAUGGCAAGAAGAAAUACCCUAUGUCUGAAAAUGUUACUCUUACAGUUGAAGAAGAAAAAGAAAAAACAGAGACUGAGACUCUCAUGAAAAGUGCUCAUCACCGUCUUUCAAAGGAUGAAGCUGAUGUCUGUGUUUCCUUGAGCGGUUUGGAGGAAAGAGUCCAGUCAGAAGCCAGUGAAGCCAUCUUGCCAGAAAGAUGUAGUGAUCAGAAAGAAGUUUCUUCUCCUGAAACGUCACAAAGCUGUGAAUUUUUAAAAGACCAAGUAGAAAUAUCUGUGUCUAAGGAUGUUGGGGAAAAACAACUAGAUACUCUUGCAAGUGCUGUUUCUGGCUCUCAAGAACAAAGUUCAUCAAAAAGUAUAAUGCCUACCUUGCUUAUGAAGGGUCAUCUACAGAGGCCAAAGCCAAACCUAUCCAGAAGAGCUAGAAAGAAAGAAGUUUCUUCAGAGGGAGAGAGAAGUACAGAAAAUAAAGCUGGAAAAGAUACAGAAGACAAAUCGGGAAAAAUAUCCUCAGUAAUACAUGAUUCUGGAAAACAAGUGGGGAUUACAUCACUUUCUGAAUCUCGGAGACAAGAGAAGUGUGUAGAUGACAUUAAACUGGAGGAUUCCAAAAGAAGCAAACCCUCUGAAACAUGUCAAUCUUCAGAGCAGUCCCUGGGACGUGAAAGUCAAAUAAGAGAAAAAAUCUCUAACUCCCUUUCUGUCCAGGAGAGAGCCUCUGAGACACUGAAAAGAAAACAGCCAGACAGGACAUUGAAGCAGAGAAAACCUGUCCGUGACUCAAGGCCAACAUAUUCCACUUCUGAAUGUGAGACUGAUCAUAAUGAAAAGGGAAGACGCCUCCAAAAGGUUAAACCAAAUGUCAGCAGAGAUAGACGCUUAAAACCAGCCUUUGGCAAGAAACCCAGAAAGGAAUAUGGAAGUUCAAAGGUUAAUCUGGUGACCCUUAGGGCUUCUUCUCAAGAAGACGAUGAUGAUAAUGAUGUGGAUGACUUUGAACCAUACUAUGAAGUUGAAUGUUUUUUGCCUGAGGAAGUAAACAAAGCUCCAGUGUUUGUUCCUAAAGGACUUCGGUCUCCAAAUCCAGUUCCUGUUCAGAUUGAAGAAACAAUGGAAGAGAUUGAGGUAUAUGAGAAUAUCCCAGAAGAAGUGUAUGUUUCUACUCCUGAAUGUCUGUUCCAUGAACAGAAUAUAGGUGCUGAGUCUGUUAUACAGAGAAAUACAGAUUUGCACUCCUCACAAUUAGUGAUUAUACAAGAGAGGUCAGAAGAGCAAAAAGGGGUGAAUGAUGGUAGCACUGAAGCAGCCAUGACUCUGCUUGCUAUGAGAGAUCCAGCAUUCCAGUUGAACAUCAGCACCCAAGAAAGCCUGCGGAAAUUUCCUGAUCAAGAUGAAGAGAUUGUUGCUGAUAACUUCUUGAAUGAGCAUAAUGAAGAACAAUGUGUAUUGGAUAGUAAUACAUUGCUUUCUGCUCCUUCAAAACAUGAACUGAUUUUUUUCAACAAUGCAAGCAGAACUUCUCCAGGGGAUCACAUUCACAGUACUGGGCAAUCGGAUUUUGAAGGCGGCUCAACUGCAGCCACUGUGAUAGUUUCCAGUCCUUCAGACAAGGAAGCAGUUUCAUCUCACAAUAUGAACAAAGCUACUCUUAUGGAUCAUAAUGCAUUUGGCUUGGAAGAGCACUUUCAGGAAGCUAGUAGGGUCUGCAGUGAUGGUUCUUCAUCACAAGGAAAUAAAGUAUGCAAACCAGCAAGAUGCAGGUUUCCUAAGCCUAAACCAAAUCUUGGCAGAGGUCGAGGGGUAAACAGGAGUGCUUCUUCAAAAAGUCUGGAUGUAGGUGUGGAGCAAUCUAAUCAAACUCAGAAUGAGGAGAACAUACCACAAUCCUUUGCAGAAAAUCAGAAAGUUGAACUGGAUCAGAAUCUUGGAAUGGAUGCGUCCUGUAAGAUAAGCUCUGCAGACAAGCAUGAUUUUCAGCUUGAAAGAUCCAGUUGUGCUGCACAGAAAAAUGGCAUUGAACGAGAGAACUUGGCAAUAGAGGCUUCACAAGACACAUCAAUGUUCAGUGAUCCACAACCUUCUCCAAGAACAGAAACUUGGCCUUCUGGACUGCCAAAUGACUCCAACUCAAAAAUAAAUGUUGAAUUCCAUGAAAAAAGUCCUGAUCAUGUUGAACACCAUUUUUCUAUAGAAGCAGCACAGAAUGAAGAAAGAAAACAUUCUGAUAGUUCAGCAAUCAUGGAGAUGACUACAGUGGGGGCAGGUGUCAAAGAAUGCUCAGCAGAGGAAGAGGAGCAGACUAUCAUUUUAACGUUGGUGGAAAUUUCAGCUGAUUCACAAGAUUGCAGUGGUGCAUCUGCUUCUCUACAGCAAGCCUCUGAAGAGUUGCUUCCAGCACCAGUAUUUUUCACAUCAGAUAGUAUGGAACUGGUGGAAUUGACAAGAGAAGACAGCAGUGGAUCCAUAAAAGCUGCAGCUGAAGAAAAUACAGUCUCCAUGGCCAACAUUACUGAAAUAGGCCAACUUCAGACUACCUCAGCAGAGAAAUCAGCUGACUGUGGUUCAACUGCUUUGAAAGAUCGGAAGAGACAUGCUCUGGAUCUUGAGAGAAGUGGCAGCCCUCCUGAGAAGAAAAAACUUUCAGCAGGGGAAAGCUUGAAAUGCUCAAAUAAGGAGGCCUUGCUUAAAUCCAGCUCCAUAACAAAAAAACCUGCCGGAAAAAACUCAGAAAAAUUGAGCAUUUUGAAGAAGCAAAACUCAACUACCUUUAGAUCAGUACCUGAACCUACAGAAUCACACGCGGUAGAAGAAAAAGAGAAACCUCAGGCUUCUCUGCUGCCUGGGGUACCACCUGAUACAGAUGAGCAGGUGUCAAGAACACUCUGUUCAGGAAAAGGAGAAACCAGUGAAGAACAAAGACGCUUUGCUGACAUUUACAAACCUGUACGAUCAGGACAAACUGAAAGCACAGUGGUCCUUCCAAAAAUAUCAUCCAGUAGGCCAUAUCAAAGAUCUUUGGGAUUUUUACCUUUAAUCUGCAAGACUAGUACUGAAGAAGUAACUACUCAAGGGAACAAACAGAGUUUGAAGAAAUCUUGCACUGAUGUUUCUAAAAGCACUCUUGAACCAACUUUGUUCUCAAAGAACAACAAAAAGGAUAUUCAAGGGAACAGAUCCUUUCCAUCAACUGUCUCAAAAUGUGAGAAUGUAAGCUCUUCCACUAUUCAGGUUUGCUCCCAGCUCUAUGAGAAUGAAAAUUCUUCUAAGGAUCAGGAAAAAGAUGAAGAACCAACUAGGAUCUCAGAAUAUUUCUUUAGAGAUAUUUUUAUGGAGGUGGAUGAUUCAGAAUAAUUUAGGAGACAUCUGGAAUCCAAGAAUGCAUCAUAGUAGCUAUGUAAUGUUUUCAGUCAGUCACAAAUUCUCAUUUAGUUCUGGCACUCUAAAGGCAUAUAGAGCACCGUUGAAGCUGAAGGAGUUGGUUUUGUAUUCCAAGUAGCCUGUUGCUUUUGGAACAAUUAGGAAAUUGAAAUUUUUAAGUUGAAAAGUGCACAUGAUCAGGGUAUCAACUGAUCUGUGUACAUCAAUUGCAUAGUUACUAACAACAAGGCUGUGCUAAAGAAAUGUAAUGGAGAUUAUUUGUAUGACCUCCUUAAUGUAACACUGAUGUUUGUAGUGCUGGUUGUAAAUUAUCUAUACUUCUUUUUGUGAAGUAAACCUUUAAAAGGAGGGGAAUGUAUGUGUAGUCAUAUUUAUCUCUGUAAAUAAGCAAGUUCUGAACAUUUCAGUACAUAAAAUAUUUUUAUUGUAAGCUUAUUUUUAUAACUAAUACACGUGAAUUGGUACAAAAACUAUUGAGUUUGGGUCCUUUAAAUGUACAGAGAGAUAAAUGUGAAACUUUUAUUUAUUAAAUUUGAAUGUACCAAAAGAUAACUUUCCCACGUUAAUUCUGUGUGUCCUGGAGAUAAAAGGGAAAUGUAUAAUUAAUCAACACUAAAGUCUAAAUCCAAAAGAGCAAUGAGUGAACAAUGUGUUGUAAAAUUCUUUAAAGACUAUGCAUAUAACAUCUCUGGCCUAGAAAAGUUUCAUGUUAAAAUAAGAAAUGGGAGAUUACGAUUAGCCCCUAUAGAAUAAAAAGAUAAUACUAUAAGAGUAAUUGAUUUCUAAAGUGAAUGUGUUUGCGGUGGGGGGGAGGGGGUUCCCAUUUGUAAUCUGUUCAGAUGUUGUUGGAAGUAUUUUUUUAAAACCACACCCCAGAUAGUUCAUGAUUUUGCCAAAAAACCCACAUCCUCUGUCAGUUUCAGAAAACCUGUCUAGAUCAGUAACAUGGUAAAAUCUAAAAAAGUGUAAGAGAUUUUUUUCCCCUGAGUUCUUCUUCAACUAAUGAUUUGAUUCUAAAUUCUGGUUCUCCUGAUAUUAGUGGAGAUAAUAUACACAUUUUGAUCAAAUGCAGUAUCUAGCCUUCUGCUUGUAACUGUUAUUCAGUAGUACAGAUCAUUUUCUAUAUAAUUAAGGAGCUGAUUCUGUUUUUUAGGUUUGUUUUGGGAUUAUACAUACACAAAAUAUUUACUAAAUUGUAUAUUCAGAUGAUUUCUGUAAGACUCUUGUUACUUCCUGCAAGAGCAGAAUGCCAAAUAGUAACUAAUCAAUUAUUAUAAUUAACAGAAUAGCAAAUUCAUAUAGACUGAUUUGAGAGCUAAUUUUUGCUUUACAUUUAAUAAUAUUGGAAUAAGUUCCAUACAGAGUAAAAAUCACCCAUAAUGACUCUGAAUCUUAUAACAAAUGCAGUGAACCCAGAGAAGCAUUUUUCAGUGCUAAAAAUGGGAAGGGGGAUAAGUUCCAGUAUAGAAAAGUGUAUUUUGUGAUUUUAAUGCAUGGAGAAAUUGUUGAAUAAUGUACACCAAUUUAAAUUCCUAGAGUAAUAUAAACAACAGUGCAAAACAAGUCCAUUUUCCAGAAAUCAUAUAAAAGAUAAACUUUGGUAUAAGGUGCCUUAUCUCUUCUUACUCAGUGGAAAGGCCAAGAAAUCCUGUUAAUUUUCACUGUAAAACUAUGCUGUCUUUGGGAUAAUUUCAAUAAAUAGGAUAAUGUAUGUUUCUUUCUGGUAUGAAUAGUGCACAAAUUAAUGACAGAAGAAAACUGAGCAGUAUCCUUGUUUAAGGCACAAUCCAUUUCAUUUGUUUAAAUGUGGUAAGAGAUUGCUUUCAUGACGUUUGAUACCAGCUUGGUGUAGUGGUUAAGAGCAGCAGACUCUAAUCCACCGCUCUUAACCACUACACCAAUUCCCCACUCCACAUGAAGUCAGCUGGGUGACCUCAGAACUCUGUCAGCCCCACCUACCUCACAGGGUGUCUGCUGUGGGGAGAGGAAGGGAAGGCAAUUGUAAGCUGCUUUGAGACUCCGUCAUGUAGAGAAAAACGGGGUAUAAAAACCAACUCUUCUUUUUUUUUCAACUGUUCAUGUGUAAGUUUUCUGUUUCAAAGAGAGCAGUCAUGUUAUAUAUGUAAACUAUGUGAAUAAAUAAUUUUAUAUCA